AUGUCCGAUACCAGCGAAUUCACAGUGGCAGGUGAUUCCUGCUCCUCUUCAUCGUCCGUCUCGGUGCUGGAUUCCGGCAGCAACCAGAUUACCAUCCAGAACAGCGACCAGAACAGCGACCAGAACAGCGACCGGAACAGCGACCGGAACAGCGACCGGAACAGCGACAGGAUCCUUCUGAGCGCCAGUAAGAAGAUCAAAGAAAUGCUUCUUCUGAUUCGGAGCCUCAUCCUGGAACUGUACAAUGAAAGUCUCCGCCUUAGCACAACGAGCACCCACCCAAGCGACGAACGCCCUCGCAAUAUCGGCUCAGAUGAUAUAGCCGCUACUGACAAGAGACUCAAAGAGCGUUCAUACGAAAUGGUUGUCCACCUGAUUCGGGUCCUAAAAUCGUUUGGUGACGUGGUCGCCAUACUCCCCGAAGACGGCCAUGCAGAGACGGCCGAGCUUUUGGUUGACAUUAUGGUUGAGCUGAGUGCCGCGUUGGUGGAAAAUAGUGAGAGCCAGGAGAGCUACGAUGGGCCCGAGUCGGAUGACCGCACACGUAUACAAGAGGCUCUACUCGAUGUUGUCCACAUCAAGUGCUUAUCACAGAUACCCAGCACAAGGGCCUGCCCUGGAAAAGCACCGGGGCCUGCUGUCUAA